CGAGCCUUCUUUAAUUGGCAUCACAAUUAGUGAAGUUAGUUUGAAACACAAUUCCGUUCUCUGUUAAAUGCGAUGAAAAUUAAUCAUCACUGUCUACGUUUUCAUCCCGAUGGCUGGUAUAUUUUUGGACUUCGCGCCCCUCUCAGUGACUCUGGUGGGAGAAGUGAAGCGGGCGGAUGCGCCCUCAUGUCGGACCUCCUAUUUGCUGUGACGCUGCUGCCCACAGAGUCGUGUCUGGAGCGUCUGCUGCUGCUGCUGCUCACUUCCCAGCCGGCAUUCAGGCGUUCGCGCUCCCUGCUUCAACUGUCGUCCGGUUAACCGGGGUCCUCCAGGGCUCCCCGGGUGUGACCACGAAGAUCGCACCCACCCAGCCGAGAGUAAGAGGGGGAUGACUGAAAGAAGUUGUGCCAUCCAGAAAAUCCGGCGGUUGCGACGGCGCUGAUUCCAAGAGGCGCAAACCCCCCCCCCAAACCUCCAAUAUGAUGUCUGCCAUAGAGAACGGGGGUCCCGUGUACCCACCUGCCCAGCUGCUCAACUGGGUCUACAUGUCUCUGCAGGACGCUCAGAGCGGCACUCUGGAUGCGUUCAAAUCCGAGUCGGACACUUCACAUCUGGACACGAACUUCUCCAAGCGCAGCGCAGCCGAUCUGAGCGCCAACUAUCUCAACAACUUCUUCCAUCUGAGGAGUGAGGCCUUCAACAACAAUUUCUACAAGAGCUCCUCGCCCUACGGGUCCCUCAACAAUAUCGUGGAAGGCCUGAGCUCUCUGGCGGACCAUUUCUCGGACCUCUCCCUGUCCCCCGAGACUCGCAAAUCCAGCAAAAGGCCGCCGCCCAACUACCUGUGCCACCUUUGCUUCAACAAAGGCCACUACAUCAAAGAUUGCCCUCAGGCUCGGCCCAAAGGAGAAGGCCUGACCCCGUAUCAGGGAAAGAAGAGGUGCUUCGGCGAAUACAAAUGUCCUAAAUGCAAGAGGAAGUGGAUGAGCGGGAACUCCUGGGCCAACAUGGGACAAGAAUGUAUCAAGUGCCACAUCAACGUUUACCCUCAUAAGCAGCGACCUCUGGAGAAACCGGACGGCUUGGAUGUGUCGGACCAGAGCAAGGAGCAUCCACAACACCUGUGUGAAAAGUGCAAAGACCUCGGCUACUACUGCCGCCGCGUGCAAUAAAAACACUCCACUCACCUUACGUACCCCUUUCCAAGCUUUAUAAAAUAGGUAUAUUUUAUCUACGGAAAAUACAUCUAUUUACUUUAUUGGAUCUAAUGCAUCUAACGGUUUCAUUCUCAUGAGCCUCUUUGACACUGUGAUUCUAUAUAUGAGAGUAUAAGAGAAUCAUCUUACUUUAUAUUUGCUGGGUUCUUGUAAUUUACUCAGUUAUCAUUACGUGAAUAUUCAGUUGAAGUCUUAACUAUGAAUCUUACCAACUGUGAAUUAGGAAAAAAAAAUCCUUUGUCUGUAUUCACUCAUGUCUAACAUGUUGGAACAAAAGAGUCCAGAUGAAGAUUUUCUUUUACAUGUUUGUUUAUUCCAGAAAUAACUUAAAUGUAAUGAUGUUUCUGUAUAAAAUAUGCAACAAGUAUUUGCUAAGUAGGAUAUUCAGUAUCCGUGUGUAUCUGCAUUAUUAUUAUUAUCUGUAUUAUCCGUACUGGAGGGUACAUCAUUUUUGAAUAUAUUGUUAAGUCAUUACUUUUUUGUUGAUUAUUACACAUUGUGAAAGAAUAUAUUAGCCAACUAACAUUUAUUCUUUACAAGUAUUUGUCUGUAGGAAGUGUGUCAUUCCAACUAUUAAAGCAAUGCAAUAUAAUAGAAACUUUUAGAUUUCUUAAAAAAUAGAAUACAUGUUAGUAGUGGGAAAGUCCCACCAAUGUGCUUUUUAGGGGUCAGAAGUCGCAAUGUGUCUUGUAUGUCAAAUGAGACGGAAAGGAGCGCACAUCUGGACAAACCAAAGGUUUCAGGAUUAGGUUUGAUGAAGGAUCCAAGUAGAAAGUUGUUUUUCAAUGAAAUUGUGAUGAUAAAUGAGUAUGAAACCGAAAUACUGUUUAUAUAACUGUGUAAGACAUGUGAUACACCAUUUAUUGUGCCUUACUGAAAUUAUUUCUUAAAAUGUUUUUUGUAUUAAAAUGUAUUUAAAACUUGGAUGUA